CCACAUUACAUCUCACCUCACCUCCCUCAGCGCCAGCACUCCAAUUCCAAGGAAACAAAAAGAAAAAAAAAGUGAAAGGGGAAAGGAAAAACAAUAUGACCACCCCAAAGCCCCACAUCGCCGAAACCCUCCUCUUGCGCGCGCACUCGCCCGACACAGCAUCCCAACUCUUCAAAGAACGCAUAAAACAGAAGCCCCUCUAUUUACGCCCAACAUCGCCCACACCUGAAGACAACCGCGACCGGCGCCGCCGCCACCGUCUCCAAAAGAAAGAAUAUUUCCUCCGCAAACAGAAGCCGCGGCCCUUGUCUGCGCGCGAGAAGCGCGUCUCUGGGAUCUACGACCUGCCUAAGGAGGAGUGCAAGUAUGCGAUUUUCAAGGGUCUGCAUGCUAUGUGGGUGGAGUAUAUGAGGGAGGUGCUGGAUAUUGGGAGUCGCAAACCCGAGGAGGUUAAUGUGACGGCGUUGUCGCAUGGGAGUAAGCUGGUUAGUGCUGAUUUCCAUGGGGCGGAGAUGGAGGUUGUCAGGAGUCGGUGUGCGGGGAGGGUUGGGGUUAGAGGCAUUGUGGUUAGGGAUACGAAGUUUACUUUUGUGGUUGUUACGGAGGGAGAUGAGGUUAAGACUUUGCCGAAGGAACAGACGAUUUUUCGUUUUCGGGUGCCGCUAUCUGCGCCUAGCCAGGAUGAGAUGGAUGUGACGGAGGAUGCAAGUGCAGAUGCUGGCUCCAGUGCUAGGAAGGAGCUUACUUUUGAGCUUCAUGGGAGUCAGUUUCUGAAUCGGCCGGUUGAUCGUGCAAACAAGAAGUUCAAGUGGCGCAAUGUGGACUACCUUUGAUUGAUGGUGUGGUACUAUCGCUUAUAAUUUUAUAAUGUUGACGACACUCUAUGAUGGGUAGGCAUAGCGAAAGGACGGCACUUAUUCGGCAGUCAUGCUGGCAAUGGAACGCGGAUGCUGAGGGAAUGAAGCCAGCCGCGAAAGUCCUGGCGCCAGUCGAUAUGGGAGAGGAUUCCUGGCGGCGCUGCGCAUUGCCCUCAAACAUGGACCAAGCCUCCGGCCUCCUGUCAUGCCGUCCAUUGGUAUCAAUCAAACCUACUUCGGACUAUACUGCGGAAUGUAGAGAUGCUGCGUCUCGA